AUGAAAAAUCUUGGUUCACGUUGGAUUGGCCCCAACAUACCACGCACUGCCGCAGCGCGCUCACUACUGGUCGCCGCAAUUUCACCUCUACCGAAUAAUAAAAAUACCGGGAGACGCAGGCAUAACGUGAGGAGUGAAACAAAUCAAACAAGACGACGGAGUAUCAUUAUCGCAAGCGGCGAAAAAAAAGAAAGCGAGAUAACGAGGAGUUACGUGGUGCAACAGCCGCAUUUAUCCGUCCGAUCCUACAAAACUUCUUUGUACACUACUUCUACCGCGCAUUCCAAAUUAAAGAAGCACUUACUCAGAGCUAACAACAUUUCAAUAUCUCGCUUACAACAACACUAUUUUCGCCAUCGACUUUUGUUCCGUCCGUUCACGCGGGAAUCUUUGGCUGCUAUUGAAACUCGCAUUGCUGAAGAACUUGCCAAGCAAAAGGAGCUCGAAGCUAAGAGAGCACAAGGCGAGACCCGUUAUGACGACGAAGACGAGGAUGACGGUCCACAGCCUGAUCCGAUGUUCGAACAAGGGGCGCCUAUUCCAGUCCGAUUGCACAACGAAUUUCCCCCCGAGCUGGCCUCGACGCCUCUUGAAGAUAUCGACACCUUUUACCACAAUCAACGGACGUUCGUGGUUAUCAGCAAAGGAAAGGAUAUAUUCAGAUUCUCGGCGACGAAUGCGCUGUGGAUCCUCGACCCGUUUAACCCAAUACGACGGGUGGCCAUAUAUAUUUUGGUCCACCCACUCUUUUCCUUCUUCAUCAUCUUAACUAUUUUGGGUAACUGCGUUCUCAUGAUCAUGCCCACAUCGCCCACCAUCGAGUCCACCGAGGUGAUAUUUACGGGGAUCUACACGUUUGAAUCCGCCGUAAAGGUGAUGGCGAGGGGUUUCAUUCUGCAGCCUUUUACCUAUCUUAGAGAUGCAUGGAAUUGGCUCGACUUCGUAGUUAUAGCUUUAGCUUAUGUGACGAUGGGAAUAGAUCUAGGCAACCUUGCCGCUCUCAGGACAUUUCGAGUCCUCCGAGCCUUGAAGACUGUCGCUAUUGUACCAGGUCUGAAAACCAUUGUCGGCGCUGUGAUAGAGUCAGUAAAAAAUUUGCGCGAUGUGAUAAUCUUAACCAUGUUCUCCCUUUCCGUCUUUGCGUUAAUGGGCCUUCAGAUUUACAUGGGGGUCCUAACGCAAAAAUGUAUUAAAAACUUUCCGAAUGAUGGCUCUUGGGGGAAUUUAACUGAUGAAAAUUGGGAAAAAUUUGUCAGCAAUUCAACCAAUUGGUAUAAAGAUGACAAUGAUAAUAUGCCUUUAUGUGGUAAUUCAUCGGGUGCUGGAAUGUGUGAGCCGGGUUAUACGUGCUUGCAAGGCUACGGUGAGAAUCCAAAUUACGGAUACACGAGUUUUGAUACAUUCGGGUGGGCAUUAUUGUCAGCGUUUCGUCUGAUGACCCAAGAUUAUUGGGAGAACUUGUAUCAACUAGUGCUGAGGUCGGCUGGUCCGUGGCACAUGUUGUUUUUCAUCGUCAUCAUAUUUCUUGGAUCAUUCUAUCUGGUGAACUUGAUCCUUGCUAUUGUAGCGAUGUCGUACGACGAGUUGCAGAAGAAAGCUGAGGAAGAAGAAGCUGCUGAAGAGGAGGCGAUAAGGGAAGCUGAAGAAGCGGCCUUGGCGAAAGAGCAAAAAAUAGCUGCUCACGCGGCGGCUAGAGAAGCUGCUGCUGCAGCCGCGGCUGCUGAAUCUAUCGUUAAAUCACCCUCAGACUUUUCUUGUCACAGUUACGAAUUAUUUGUCGGACAAGAGAAGGGCAAUGAUGACAACAACAAAGAAAGAAUGAGCAUUAGAUCUGUCGAAUCUGUUACUGAGUAUAGGGUCAGACAAAUCAACAACAAUCACAAUGGUGCUAAUAAAGUUCGAAAAGUCAGCGCUGCAAGCCUUAGUUUACCCGGUUCGCCAUUCAAUCUCCGCAGAGGAAGUAGAGGAAGUCAUCAGUUCACAAUUCGCAAUGGAAGAGGAAGAUUUGUCGGUCCACCAGGUGGUGAUAGAAAGCCCCUGGUACUCUCGACGUAUCUUGACGCCCAGGAACAUCUGCCUUACGCGGACGAUUCUAAUGCCGUGACUCCGAUGUCCGAGGAGAAUGGUACCAUCGUCGUCCCGGUUUACUACGCGAGUUUAGGCUCGCGACACUCAUCCUACACCUCCCACACAUCUCGGCUAUCUUAUACGUCCCAUGGUGAUCUGCUGGGCGGUAUCGCCAAUGCCGGUAAACCCAUGACCAAGGAGAGUAGGCUGAGAAGUAGAUCUGCCCGACAACCAUCCACCAAUGGUCAUCCAGAGCAACUGCAAAAAUUACAUCAUGAUGUGGAUAUGGAAGAUCCACUGGGUAAAAACAAGCAACAAGACAACCCAUUCAUCGAGCCUUCCCAGCAAAAUGCUGUUGUUGAUAUGAAAGACGUUAUGGUUCUGAAUGACAUUAUUGAGCAAGCUGCUGGGCGGCAAAGCACAUCAUCAGAACAAGGAGACGACGACGAAGAAGGUCCAACAAUGAAAGAAAAAAUAUUAGCAGCAGUUAUUCGCGGGAUUGAUUUUUUGUGUGUAUGGGAUUGCUGUUGGGCAUGGUUAAAAUUCCAAGAGUGGGUUGCAUUAAUAGUAUUUGAUCCAUUUGUCGAACUUUUUAUUACACUGUGUAUCGUAGUAAAUACCCUAUUCAUGGCUCUCGACCACCACGAUAUGGACAAAGACAUGGAACGGGUAUUAAAAUCCGGCAAUUACUUUUUUACGGCAACAUUUGGUAUUGAAGCUGGACUUAAAUUGAUAGCCAUGAGCCCGAAAUUUUAUUUUCAAGAGGGCUGGAAUAUCUUUGACUUUAUUAUAGUAGCUCUGUCACUUCUUGAGUUGGGUCUUGAAGGAGUGCAAGGUCUUUCAGUAUUACGUUCAUUCAGAUUGUUGCGAGUGUUCAAAUUAGCUAAAUCGUGGCCGACUUUAAACUUGUUGAUAUCGAUUAUGGGAAGAACAGUAGGAGCCUUGGGUAACUUGACGUUCGUGCUGUGUAUUAUAAUAUUCAUAUUUGCCGUGAUGGGUAUGCAGCUGUUUGGAAAAAAUUAUACAGACAAAGUGGAUCUUUUUCCCGACGGUACUCUGCCGAGAUGGAACUUCACUGAUUUCAUGCAUUCAUUUAUGAUCGUAUUUCGUGUGCUGUGCGGAGAGUGGAUUGAGUCUAUGUGGGACUGUAUGCUGGUCGGUGAUGUCUCGUGUAUACCAUUCUUCCUGGCUACUGUCGUAAUCGGUAACUUGGUCGUUCUCAAUCUCUUCUUGGCGUUGCUCUUGUCAAACUUCGGUUCAUCAAAUCUGUCAGCACCGUCGGCUGACAACGACACCAACAAAAUAGCCGAGGCAAUUGACCGGAUAGCGAGAUUCAUUAAUUGGAUCAAGCGGAGCUGUAGCAAUCUUGUUAAGAUGUUGAGAGCCAAACUCACCAACCAGAUAUCCGAUCAGGCGCCAGGUGAGGGACCGUCCAACAGUUGGAAAGAAGUUAUCCGAUAUUAUUUUUCGACCAUGAAAAUUGGUAACCCGGAUGGGUUAGAGAUCAUGUGUAACUGCGCAGAUGGAAUUGACCGGGACGGAGAUCGGGAUCUUGCAGAUGGAGAGCUGGACGGCUAUCGGGACAAAAAAAGCGCCAAAGAGUUCAACAACCAGCUGGAAGUCGCCAUCGGUGAAGGAAUGGAAUUUACCAUCCAUGGAGAUCUGAGAAAUAAACUGAGAAAGGAAAGAUUGAGCAUGAACAACACAAAGGCCAUUAGUAAUUCCAUUAAUCACUACGACUGCCGUUUAGAUCAUGACUACAUCAAUCAUCAUGACGACGAUACCAUUAGUAACAAGUCAUACGGAAGCCACAAAAAUCGGCCAUUCAAAGAUGAAAGCCAUAAAGGAAGUAUUGACUCGUUAGACGGCGAAGAGAAGAAAGACGCGAGCAAGGAAGACCUUGAAGAAGAUCUCGAUGAUGAAGAAGAUGAAGAUAAAGGUGAAGAUGAAGGGGAUGAAGUCCAAAUAAUUCACGCCGAUGAAGACAUCAUUGAUGCCGACUAUCCAGCAGACUGUUGUCCUGACCACUGCUACAAAAAAUUCCCCUUUUUGGCGGGUGAUGACGACGCUCCGUUCUGGCAAGGCUGGGCAAAUCUCCGGCUCAAGACCUUUCAACUCAUUGAGAACAAGUACUUCGAGACAGCCGUAAUUACUAUGAUUUUACUCAGCAGUAUGGCAUUGGCGCUUGAAGAUGUUCACCUUCAACAGCGACCAAUUCUUCAAGAUAUUCUUUAUUACAUGGAUCGUAUCUUCACGGUCAUCUUUUUUCUUGAAAUGUUGAUAAAGUGGUUGGCGUUGGGCUUCGCUAAAUACUUCACAAAUGCUUGGUGCUGGCUUGAUUUUAUCAUUGUCAUGCUUUCGCUGAUCAAUUUGGGGGCGGUGUGGGCUGGUGCCGAUGACAUCCCGGCGUUCCGUUCAAUGAGAACAUUGAGAGCUUUGAGGCCCUUGAGAGCAGUCUCCCGUUGGGAGGGGAUGAGAGUGGUCGUUAAUGCGCUGGUCCAAGCUAUCCCGUCCAUCUUUAACGUAUUGCUUGUCUGUUUGAUAUUCUGGCUUAUUUUUGCCAUCAUGGGUGUCCAAUUGUUUGCUGGAAAAUACUUCAAGUGUGUUGACAUGAACAAAACGACACUCAGUCAUGAAAUUAUACCUGACCGUAAUGCCUGCAAAGCUGAAAAUUACACCUGGGAAAAUUCGCCAAUGAAUUUCGACCAUGUCGGAAAAGCUUACUUGUGUUUAUUCCAAGUAGCUACUUUCAAAGGUUGGAUCCAAAUAAUGAACGACGCCAUCGACUCCAGAGAAAUUAACAAACAACCAAUCCGUGAAACAAAUAUUUACAUGUAUCUUUACUUUGUAUUCUUCAUUAUAUUUGGAUCAUUUUUCACCCUCAACCUGUUUAUCGGAGUUAUCAUUGAUAACUUCAACGAGCAGAAGAAGAAAGCCGGUGGCUCGCUUGAGAUGUUCAUGACUGAGGAUCAAAAGAAGUAUUACAACGCGAUGAAAAAAAUGGGAAGUAAAAAACCACUGAAAGCCAUUCCACGACCAAGGUGGAGGCCACAAGCAAUUGUGUUUGAAAUAGUGACAGACAAAAAGUUCGAUAUGAUAAUCAUGUUGUUCAUCGGUUUGAACAUGUUAACGAUGACACUCGAUCAUUACCAACAGACUGAAACAUUCAGCAAUGUGCUUGAUUACUUAAACAUGAUAUUCAUUGUGAUAUUCAGUAGCGAGUGUCUGAUGAAGAUUUUUGCUCUACGUUAUCACUACUUCAAGGAGCCAUGGAAUCUCUUUGAUUUUGUUGUUGUUAUAUUAUCAAUAUUAGGUCUGGUCCUGAGUGACAUUAUUGAAAAAUAUUUUGUCUCGCCUACGUUGCUUCGAGUGGUGAGAGUCGCCAAAGUCGGACGAGUACUGCGUCUAGUAAAAGGUGCCAAGGGAAUCAGAACUCUGCUGUUUGCCCUGGCUAUGUCAUUGCCAGCGCUCUUCAACAUCUGUCUGCUGCUCUUCUUGGUGAUGUUUAUCUUCGCGAUCUUCGGAAUGUCUUUCUUCAUGCACAUGUCAACGUCCGCGGGAUGGGACGGCGUGCUCGACGGUAUAAUAAACGAGGAGGACUGCCAGGAGCCUAAUAAUGAAAUAGGUUAUCCUGGGAACUGUGGCUCGUCGACAAUAGGAAUUGCAUAUCUGCUAUCGUACCUCGUCAUCAGCUUCCUAAUCGUCAUCAACAUGUACAUCGCGGUGAUAUUAGAAAAUUAUUCACAAGCGACAGAAGAUGUGCAGGAGGGAUUGACCGAUGAUGACUACGAUAUGUAUUAUGAAAUAUGGCAGCAAUUCGACCCGGACGGUACGCAGUACAUACGAUAUGACCAGCUCUCUGACUUCUUGGAUGUAUUGGAGCCCCCUUUGCAAAUUCAUAAGCCGAAUAAGUAUAAGAUCGUGUCGAUGGAUAUUCCCAUAUGUAAGGGCGACCUUAUGUUUUGCGUGGAUAUCCUCGAUGCACUCACAAAGGACUUUUUCGCGAGAAAGGGUAAUCCCAUUGAAGAAACGGCAGAGCUGGGAGAAGUACAAGCCAGACCUGACGAGGUCGGCUAUGAGCCGGUGUCGUCGACUUUGUGGCGCCAGAGAGAGGAGUACUGCGCCAGGCUAAUACAGAACGCCUGGCGCAAACACAAGCAACAACGACUGGGCGGUCCCAGCGAGGAGAGUGAUGAUCCAGACAUGGACCCCAGAGUCAGACAAACUGCGGUCCUGGUUGAGAGCGACGGAUUCAUCACCAAGAAUGGCCACAGGGUGGUCAUCCACAGCCGAUCGCCUAGCGUCACAUCUCGGACAGCGGAUGUCUGA